AGUAAAUAUAAGAUAGAAAAAAUUGUUAAAUCUAAGAUCCUGAGCAUAUGUCCUUUGAUGAAGCAAUAAUAAGAUCUUUGAUGCGUCCCUAUGAUUUUUAAAAACUUAGUAAACUGUUCCUAUGGAGACCUGCCAGUGGACAUAAUUGUGUUUCCUUUUCAGGAGCAAAAUUUGGUGGUUCACCCAACACCACCAACGUCUGCUGUCUUUGCCUGCUGUUUCACAAAUUCCUUUUCUUCGAUUCUACCUGCUGCUAUUCUGUCCUGUGCUAUCCGGGGCUGUUAUUUCCAACAAGGUAUGGAAGUUAAGAUGGAAAUGAAGGUGGAAGAUGCAUAUAGGAAGUCAAUGGAGACAGUGUUGAAUUGGAUACAAGAUACUGUAGAUCUUAACAAGAGUCAAGUUUUCUUUCGUACAUAUGCACCCGUGCACUUCAGAAGUGGAGAUUGGAGAAGCGGUGGAAGUUGUCAUUUGAAAACACUGCCAGAGCUUAACUUGUCAUUAGUGCCUAAUGAUAACUGGUCACAAUUCAAAAUAGGCAAUUCAUUGCUAUCAUCACAUAAAAACAGCACUGAACUUGUCAAGUUGAAAAUAUUGAAUAUAACAGAGAUGACAGCUCAGAGAAAAGAUGGACACUCAUCAAUCUACUAUCUUGGUCCGAAUGGCAGCACGGCGGCACUCCAUCGGCAAGAUUGCAGCCACUGGUGUCUGUCUGGUGUACCUGAUACAUGGAAUGAGCUGCUUUAUGCAAUGUUCAUGAAACAUGAAGGCUUCUCAUAGCAAGGAACUUCAAAGAGUCAUGGAAGCA